AUGUCAUUAACUACACCCACAGAGCACAAAUGGAUUCUUGGUGACAAGUUCGACCAAGUCUAUCCUCAUCUGGAAGGCAUUCAAGCAUUGUGGGAGAAGAAGUGGGCAUUCCCUUGCUCAAAGUCUCUCUAUCCCUUUCACGAUGGCAAAUUCGAGGACUUCGAACCCGUCUUCAAGACACUAAUCUCAAAGAACAUCAACUCGGGCUACACCGACGAAUACACCAAGGAAUUCGUGCCCACGGCAGAACGUCUAGUUGGAGAAGCAGACAAGCUUGCUUCUUCGGACAAAGACGCCGCUUCAGCUCUCUACCUUCGUGCUUGCGCCGUCUAUCGUAUCGCUCGAUUCCCCUACAUCAAUUCGGACUACAAGCGAGAGAUCUACGAGGCACAGAAGAAGGCAUAUAUCAAAGCCACGCAGCUCUGGCAGUGCCCCAUCAAAGAUAUCACCAUUCCUCACACAGCAGCAACAUCGGCCGACGCCGACUCUGUACCGCUGUACGUACGCAUACCUAAGGACGCCUCAAAAUCGAAGCCUUGCCCUGUUGUACUUCUCAUGUGCGGAUUGGACGGCCACAGGCCCGACAACACGACACGCAGUGACGAAUUCCUUGCUCGCGGUUGGGCUUCGGUCAUUGUCGACAUCCCUGGGACUGCCGACUGCCCUGCCGACAGGAAAGACCCUAAGGCCGCUGACAGGCUCUGGACGAGCAUCUUGGACUGGAUGGAGGCAGAAGGUGUUUUUGAUAUGAAGCGUAUCAUCACUUGGGGGCUGAGCGCAGGAGGUUAUAACGCUGUCCGCGCAGCACACACCCACUCCGAACGCCUGGCAGGCGCAAUUGGUCAAGGUGCCGGCACCCACCACUUUUUCUCUCGCGAAUGGCUGCUCAAAGCCCAGAACAAAGAGUAUCCCUGGAACGCCCUGCCUGCCUUGACCGAGAAGUUCGGCUACUCCUCACACGAUGACUUCAUGGACAAUGCCCAAGACACAUGGUCAUUGGUAAACACUGGAAUCGUGAACAUGAAGAGCUGUAGACUGUUGUUGAUGAAUGGAACGAUUGAUGGUUUGAUGCCUGUGGAAGACUCUAUGCUGUUGAGUGAGUUUGGAACUCCCAAGGAGAUGAGGUUCAUUACCGGGAGAUUGCAUAUGGGCUACCCUGAGGCCAAUAAUCACGUGUACACUUGGAUGGAACAAGUCAUAGCAUCAGUGCAUUGA